GAGCACGCGCGGACGCCGAACCCCUUGUCGACGCGCCUAGCUUCCGCCCAACGCAAUCCGCACGGCACGUGGCCACAGCUCACCGGACGUCCUUCCCUUUCCAGAAUCCAAAUAAUCCCAAGUCCCCUUCCACACCCAAUACCUUGCCUGGAAUCCGCGGCCUCGUGGGCGCACGCAACGGCAACGGCAACGGCGGGCGCCUACCACCGCCGUAGCCCGUAGCGAUGCCGAUGCGCGCGGUGGGUACGCGUAGGCAUAUGAUUCUUGGGUGAUUUUGGUCGGCUUCCGUUCCUCCGUUUCCGUGCCCGUCCGCAUUUUAACGGCUCCACUCACACUCACUCUCACGCUUGCCUCCGCCUGCUGCUGCUCACUCGCCCCCCCUUCCCACCUCUCCCUUUCUGCUUUCUGGUCUCUGACAUAAUCCAAAUCCGAGCGCGAAUCCAUGGAGGCGGAGUCGAGAAAGCCCCUCCUCGUCGUGCCAAUCUUGCUCUGCUGCUUCCUGGGCAUAUCGGGUGCGGCGGCGCAGUCGUACAUCGGCGUGAACUACGGCGAGGUGGCGGACAACCUGCCGUCGCCGGACGAGACGGUGAAGCUGCUCAAGUCCACGACCAUCUCCAAGGUCCGCCUGUACGGCGUCGACGCGGGGGUCAUCCGCGCGCUCGCCGGCACCGGCAUCUCCCUCGUGGUCGGCGUGGCCAACGGCGACAUCCCCGCGCUCGCCGCGGACCCCAACGCCGCGUCCGGCUGGCUCGCCGCCAACGUGCUCCCCUUCAUCCCGGCCUCGACCAUCUCCGUGGUCGCCGUGGGCAACGAGGUCCUCGAGUCCGGGGACGCCUCCCUGGCCGCCGCGCUGCUCCCGGCCCUGCAGAACCUCCGCGCGGCCGCCGUCGCGGCGGGCGACGCCGCGGCCGGCAUCAAGUUCUCCACCGUGAACACCAUGGCCGUGCUGGCGCAGUCCGACCCGCCCUCCACGGGCGCGUUCCGCCCGGAAGCCGCCGCCCAGCUGCAGCAGAUCCUGGGUUUCCUGAGCAAGACCAGCGCGCCCUUCAUGAUCAACCCGUACCCGUACUUCGCGUACCAGUCCGACCCGCGGCCGGACACGCUGGCCUUCUGCCUCUUCCAGCCCAACGCCGGGCGCGUCGACGGCGGGUCCAAGAUCAAGUACACCAACAUGUUCGACGCGCAGGUGGACGCCGUGAAGUCGGCGCUGGGCCGGGCCGGGUACGGCGCCGUGGAGAUCGUGGUGGCGGAGACCGGGUGGCCCACCAAGGGCGACCCGACGGAGGCCGGCGCCAGCGUGGACAACGCCAAGGCGUACGUGGCCAACCUGGUGGCGCACCUCAGGUCCGGGGCCGGGACGCCGCUGAUGCCGGGGAAAGCCGUGGACACGUACCUGUUCGCGCUCUACGACGAGGACCUGAAGCCGGGGCCGGCGUCGGAGCGGUCGUUCGGCCUGUACCACACGGACCUCAGCAUGGCGUACGACGCCGGGCUGGCCGCCUCGGCGGCGUCCGGCAGUAAUGGCAAUGGCCAAGGCGCGGCCGUGCAGCCGACCAAGGGCGGGUGGUGCGUGGCGAGCGUGGCCGCGACGGACGCGCAGCUGCAGACGGACAUGGACUACGCGUGCGCUCAGGUCGGGGUGGACUGCGGCGCCAUCCAGCCCGGGGGCGCGUGCUUCGAGCCAAACACGGUGCGCGCCCACGCCGCCUACGCCAUGAACCAGCUCUACCACGCCGCCGGUGCCCACCCCUGGAACUGCGACUUCCGGCAGUCCGCCACCCUCACCUCCAGCAACCCCAGCUACGGCUCAUGUGUGUUCACUGGAGGCCAAUGAUGUGGCACGGAUGGACAAUUUGACCCCGACGCGCACAAAUUCUUUCAGGGAGUACCAUGAUUGAUCUGCUGAUUGAAAUAAUAAAGCCACAAACAGUGGUUUGAUGGUGGUUGGGUGUAGGCCUGUAGGGAUGCAUCUUUUUUUUUUCUACUACUUCCUUUUUGGUUUGCCCUCCUGUGUACAUGCUAAUUAGUCCUUUAAUUGGGGAUAUUUAUCUGGGGCAGUUUGGUUUUGUGACUCUGUAAAGAUGUAGUAUGAGUGGUUGUUGUCAGGCCGAGUUUGCAUAGGUGGUGGGUGGUGUACUGGUUGGUGUGCGUGUCCACGAGUGUUGUGUGUUUGUUCUCCGUGUGUGUCUGAAACUAGCUAAGCCAGAAUUCGAUGUGCUAUACUGCUGUAUUAUAUUACCACUAUUUUAUUCAUAUAAGCGUUAAACAGUUGGAUGUC